AUGAAGGUAACUGUAGCCUCCGUGGCCACUACUCUCGCUCUCGGUGUUUCCACCGUCCUGGGCGCCCCCUCGACCAUCGAGACGCGUGACAGCGUGACCCCGGUCACCGUGAAGGGCAAUGCCUUCUUCAAAGGUAAUGAACGCUUCUACAUUCGAGGUGUUGACUACCAGCCUGGUGGUUCUUCCAAGCUGGCCGACCCGAUUGCCGAUUCCGAUGGCUGCAAGCGGGACAUCAAGAAAUUCAAGGACUUGGGCCUGAACACCGUGCGUGUCUACUCGGUCGACAACUCCAAGAAUCACGAUGAGUGCAUGAAGGCACUGGCCGAGGCCGGCAUCUACUUGGUGCUAGAUGUCAACACCCCCAAGUACGCCCUCAACCGAGCUAAGCCCAAGGAGUCGUACAACGAUGUCUACCUGCAGUACAUCUUCGCCACCGUCGAGAUGUUCGCCAAGUACGACAACACCCUGGCCUUCUUCUCGGGUAACGAGGUCAUCAACAAUGGUCCCUCAUCUGCCGCUGCUCCCUACGUCAAGGCUGUGACGCGUGAUAUCCGAUCGUUCCUGCGUGCUCGCAAGCUGCGUCACGUCCCUGUCGGAUACUCUGCUGCCGACAUCAACACCAACCGACUUGAGAUGGCCCAGUACAUGAACUGUGGUACCGAUGAUGAGCGCAGCGACUUCUUCGCCUUUAACGACUAUUCCUGGUGUGACCCUUCAUCUUUCAGCACCUCCGGCUGGGACCAAAAGGUGAAGAACUUCACUGGAUACGGCAUCCCGCUCUUCCUGUCAGAGUAUGGCUGCAACACCAACACCCGCAAGUUCCAAGAGGUUGAGUCUCUGUACUCCACGGAUAUGACUGGCGUCUACUCGGGCGGUCUGGUCUACGAAUACUCCCAGGAGUCCAGUCAUUACGGUCUGGUCAAGGUCAAUGACAAGAAUGUCAAAGAGCUGCCUGACUACGACGCCCUGAAGACGGCCUUCUCCAAGACUUCCAACCCCAAGGGUGAUGGCGAGUACAACCACACCGGUGGGGCUAAUCCCUGCCCUGCCAAGUCGAAGCCCAACUGGGAUGUCGACAAUGAUGCGCUGCCCGCGAUGCCCUCGCCUGCUAAGAAGUACCUGAAGGAGGGUGCCGGCAAGGGCGACGGCUUUGGCGGCGAUGGCAGCAUGGAUGCUGGCACCCCGUCCACCGAGACCGCAAAGCCCGGCUCUGGCUCUGUUACCGGAACUGCUGGUGAUGUUACCAGUACGAGCUCCAAGAAUGCUGCUGCUGGCCUGCAGCCUCCUCAGCUGAGCAUGGCGCCCAUUGUGGUGAGUCUGGUGACUGGGUUGUCGACGCUGUUCGGCGCGGGUCUUGUUUUGUUGUAA